AUGUCGGAUCUUGUCCUUGUUUGCACUCUUGUGGUCGCCAUGGGAAAGUCCAGCAGAAAGAGUGCACGGACGCAGAGCCCCAACAUGGCUAAUCAGCCCAUGAUGUUUCCCGGAAUGGGGAGCCUGAAUCCAUUGGCCAUGAUGAAUCCUUUCAUGAUGCAGCAAAUGCAACAGAUGGCUGGAGGGGUUGACCCAAGGCAGAGUGCCAAUGGAGGCGGAGGGCAGAGUGCCGGGGCCAACAACGACAACUCUUCGUCAUCUUCGGAAGAAGAUGAAGAAGUUCGACGAAUCCACAAGGAGACGAAGAAACAACGUGCACGGCUGGCUGCUCAGAUGCAGGUUGACCGUUUGGGCACUGCCAUGGCGGAUCCGGAUAUGAUUCCGCGUAGCUGUGUUUUGCUUCGACAGCUCCCCCUGGUGAAGCUCAAAGCUCUCAUCGAGCGGAUUCGUGCCGAAUGGGAUGCGUCGGUGACGGCCGACCUUUCCCAAAUCUCAUCCGUUCAAUUGCUCUUCAUUCUCACCACUCUCAAACCCAUCACGAAGGCAGUAACUAUCUAUUCCAGGAAGAGGCAGGCCAAGGCUAAGGCAUCUCCUGACGGACGGCUGUCUUUUGCUCCCGCCGCACCUGCUGCUUCUCCUGCUUCCCCGACACCUCUGCCGUCAGAAGGCAGAGUGCCCACAAGCGAGGAAGGCAGAGUGCCACCAGAACAGCCACCUGCUGCCCCGCUUCCAGCCAAUGAGGCAACUGUUGGAGGCCAUGUGGCUAGCAGGCACCGUGUGCCCAGGGAGGUCGAAGGCAGAGUGCCUCAGCCUCUGCAAGCUGAUGCUACCCACCGUGUAGAGCAUGAUGCCAACCCAGUGGAAGGCAGAGUGCCACACGAAGGGAAUGUCAGUGUGAAUCCAGUUGCUGCUGGUUCAGUCCAAACACUGGGAACAGAUUCCUCUGCUCCAUUGCCACCAGUGGAGCCGCCAGUGGAGCCUCCAAUGCCGACCACAGACAGUGCACAUGUCAUUGUGGCGGACACGGCACCGUUUGCCAUGGCCAAAUCGAAGGCCAGAGCAAUGCCGCCAAGGGCCGAGUCCCAGGAUGACCAGGGCGAUGACACUGAGACCAUCGAUGCUGAGGAGGAUGAACCGGAUGACGAGCAGGCGGACAGACCUGAGAACAGGUGGAACCAGGACAUUUGCCUGAUUUGCCAUUCGGAGAUGAAGCUAGAUGAGGCAGUGGAAGCGCUGCUGUGUGGCCACCUCUUCCACAGUGAAUGCAUCCAACGAUACUGUGAUUCGAGUGGCCGAUCCAAGGACAUGAUCAACAAUGAGGUGGCAGCUCAAAUCGUUGAGGCGUAUAUGAUUGCCGAAGGUGUGGCCGAUGCCUUGCACAUUCCGCACACCCCCAUCAUGGUUCGUUUCGAGCCGAGCCAAGCGGAUUGCCAGGUGGUGGCCCCGACAGAGUGCCAGUGGGGAUGGACUUGGCAGAGUGCCAAGUAUCACUUUGUGGAAUUCUUUGCUGGGAAUGGCAAUCUGAGUCGGGAGCUGCUUCGCGAUGGCUGGGAAGGGGAAGGCAAUGAACUCAUGUAUGUGACGUUGCUGUUGGCCAUCCUCGGGGGCCUCAAUGGAAACCAAGUUGUGAUCGAGCAGCCUUGCUCCAGCUGCUUCUUCGUGAUUCCACUCGUCGAUUUUGUUAUGACGAGAUUGCUUCAGUCUACGAGUGUGAAAACUUAUGGUGGAGCCUUCGGCCUUAACACUCCGAAGCCGCUGCAACUGGUUAGCACCCACAGUAGAAUUCUUGACAUGGCACGUGAGUUUCCGAGCCAUACCCUAGGCCAUGGCGGUUGUGUUGAUCGAGAUGGUCCCAGAUACACCGGUCGUCAUGAAGAGCUUCAGAUGUCAGAGGAGUACACCCGGGAAUUCGCCAGAGCUCUUGUCGAGUGUUUGAUGGCUGGCCUCCGUCUCAGAAGUCAGGGUAACAUUUGGUGGCGUGUGGACUUGCUUUUCGAUGAGCUGAAAAAACAUGCCGAAGAACAUCGAAAGUACCAGAAAUGGUUCAAGUUCUUCAAAGACCAACUUGGGAAGACGUCUUUGAUGGCUGGGCCUGGUGGUUUGGAUUCACAUGUGUACAGUCCAAAAGGCAGAGUGCCAGAUUCAAAUGCCGUGCAGGACGACUUGGUAUCUUCCCAAGGCUUGGUAAUGUUCUUCUUUCAAUCAUGCUUGGUUACGAGGUCAGACGCCCAUCGAGACUUCUUCAGGACAAAAUUGGAGAAUGCCACGACACGUGUGUGUCAAACCAUCGAUGAUAAUCAGCCUCUCGAGAUCCACUUGGAUGAAGGCAGAGUGCCGUCAUGGUUUGUUGCAUCAACUGGGCUGGUUUCAGGCUUUGCUGCUUGGGUGAUGAAUGCGCUGCACCUCUACACUUCCCGAUCAAUGUGUGGUCUUUGGGAAGAUAUGUUCCGUGAAGGCACGCUGACUUCAUCUCUGCGAGAUGACCAGGAAGGCAGAGUGCCAGAGGAAGGCAGAGUGCCAGCAAAUGUUAAAACACCCAUCAAGGACAUCAUUGUCUUUGCAAGCAUGGCCAAAGAUCACAGAACGAGGCGGCAAUCGGACAAACCUCAUCCACUGGCCAAGACAGUUUUGACAGCCAUACUCACACUGCAUAAAUUCCUGUCGGAGUUCCUGUCUCUCGGCCUCGAGUUCUAUGUCAUCAAGGACUACAUGGCUGACCAUGAUACCGGUUUGGCAGUCAAGGUUCGGAAGGGAAACGUGGGCAAGCGAGUUCCAAUACAACACACUCUGGAAAUCAAGAGCAUCUGGAACUUGAUGGAGGCGGCUGCAAAAAGUGGUACCUCUUUGCGACAAACCCUGAUUGUGAAGCAGCAUGACGAACGCAGCGACUUGCAUGGUUCCUCUCUCUGCCUUGGAUACAUUUUUUUUAUGUUAGUUAGUUAG